GAAGAAGAGAAGGAAGAAGAGAAGGAAGGAAGAAGGGAAGAAGGGAAGAAGGAAGAAGGGAAGGAAGGGAGAAGGAAGGAAGGAAGGAAGGAAAGAAGGAAAGGAAGGAAGAAGGGAAGAAAAGAAGAAGGGAAUGAAGGAGGGAAAGUAGAAUGGAGGGUAUGAUGGAAUGUAAGAAGAAAGGAGGGAAUGAAGGAAGAAGGGAAGGAAGGAAGGGAGGAAGGAAGAAGGUAAGGAAGGAAGGAAGGAAGGAAGGAAGAAAGAAAGGAGGAAAGGAUGGAAGGAAGGAAGAAGGGACACAGGUAAGGAAGAAAGGAGGGAAUGAUGGAAGGAAGAAGAGAAGGAAGAAAGGAAGGAAGAAAAAAGGGAAGGAAGGAAAAGGGAAGGAAAGAAGAAGGGAAGGAAGGAAGGAAGAAGGGAAGGAAGGAAGAAGGACCAAACUAAGGAAGAAAGGAGGGAAUGAUGGAAGGAAGAAGAGAAGGAAGAAAGGAAGGAAGAAAAAAGGGAAGGAAGGAAGGAAGGAAGGAAGAAGGGAAGGAAAGAAGAAGAGAAGGAAGGAGGGAAGGAAGGAAGGAAGGAAGGAAGAAAGGAGGAAAGGAUGGAAUGUAAGAAGAAAUGAGAGAAGGAAGAAGGGAAGGAACAAGAAAUCAAGGAAGGAAGGAAGGAAGGAAGAAGGGAAUGAAGUAAGAAGGGAUGAAGGUAAGGAAGAAAGGAGGGAAUAAUGGAAGGAAGAAGGGAAGGAAGGAAGAAAGGAAAGAAGGAAGAAGAGAAGGAAGAUGAGAAGGAAGGGAGAAGGAAGGAAGGAAGGAAGGAAGGGAGAAAGAAGGGAAGGAAGAAGGGAAGGAAAGAAGAAGGGAAGGAAGGA